GCCAGAGAAGCGGUCGUCCGAGCCAUUAGCCCCAGUUGCAACCCCGGAUCGCCGCGGAACCCCGCGCGGAGUCUGCAGAAGCGCACGGCUUCAUCGACAGCACUUGAGAAUGGAGUUUCGUCGCGGGUGUACCCACAGUGAUACCGGCUACCGCAGCCUGGUAGUCGGCGAGGACACCGAGGAGAAUGGUGAGAAACUUACUGUUACCUUGCUGAUGGCAGUGGGAGGAGAGGACGAGGAGUAUGCAUGCUCCGAACCUGAGUACAGAGCAGAAGCAGAAAACAUCCUUGGCACGGAAGGGUCCGUCCCCUCAGACGACCAAAAUGGUGAAGGUGGCUACCGCCACCAGCCGGAGCAACCUCAGGAGGAGCCGCCCCAAGCGGCCGCGGAGGGGCCACAGCCGGAGGAGGGGCCACAGGCCGCGGAGGGGCCACAGCUGGCGGAGGGGCCACAGGCCGCGGAGGGGCCACAGCUCCCAGAGAGGAGACGCCGCCGCCGCCGCACCAGGUUCACCCAGUUUCAGCUGCAGGAGCUGGAGAACUUUUUCCAAGAAGUUCAAUACCCCGACAUUGCGACGCGGGAGAUACUUGCAGGACACCUGGAUUUGGCUGAAGAUAGAGUGCAGAUUUGGUUUCAGAACAGAAGGGCCAAGUGGAGACGAAAUCAGAGGAUGCUAAUGAGAAACAUGGCUGCUGCCCCCCCGGACCCCCCUGUGGAGGUGAUCUUGGGUGCGCCCCCUGAUGCCGUUCCUGUUCUGGAUCCUGCUUGGUGUGUUCAUCUGGCACCACAACCACCUAGACCACCUGUGGCACCUGUGCCACCCAUGGCACCUAUGCCAGCCGGGCCACCCAUGGCAGAUGGAGCACCCAUGGCACCUAUGCCACCUGGGCCACCUGUGGUGCCUAUGCCACCUGGGGCACCCAUGCCUCACAUUGGCCUGGCUCCUGUAGGCAUCGCAUGGGCCCCUGUCAUCAAUGGUUAUUAUGUAGAUCCCUUUGUCUAAAGUAAGGUCUUCAUGACAGUUUUUCCAAAGUUCUUUCCUGCCAGAUAGAAAUUGUGCACAGCACAGCAUUAUUUUGUUAGACAGUUGUUGAAUGAAUUGGAUAGAUGACCAAAGUUAAUGAAUGCACUGUUGUUUUUGUAGGCUGCAUGACCAUAGUAUUUUCAAUAAA